AUGGCCCCACGCACCCGUGCUGGGACUGCACCCUCUGGGGGAGCCUCCACGUCGUCCCCUAGAGCGCGUACACCUCUACCCCGGCAGGAAUCUGAGAUUCCUGAACCCGCCGCUCACCUUGGCAUGGGCCCUCCAGCCGCCCUGCCACCGCCGCGGCCCCUACACUCCUAUGUCUACCAUGGAGAUAAAGGGAUCAAGGUUGGAGAUCCGCCGAAUUACAAGGGCAAGACGCUGUCUGAAUUCCACAGCUUCACGAGAGCCCUUGAACGGAAAUUCCGCCUUAACCUGAGCCAGUUUAAUACUCAUGAGGUACGAGUCAUAUACGCCGCGAGCCUCCUCGAAGGCACCACUGCAACUACAUGGGCGACCAAGGAAAGGGAGCUUGAGCGUAGCAAUGCUGCCAUGACAUGGGAAGAAUUCAAGAACUUCCUUCUGGACCAGAUUGAAGACCACCGUAACCGCGCCUUCACAGCGGCGCAGCGGUUCAACUCACUACGUCAACAAGACGACGAGAAUCCUUCCGAUUUCAAUGCAAGAUUCGAAGAAUAUUGGGAGGAACUGUCUGAUGAUUUGGAUCUAUUGAAAACGCAGCUUUACCUCGCGAAGCUGACUCAUAAGGUGCGGACGACGAUAUCGCAAUAUCAAAGUCCGCCCACCAAUCGCACCGAGCUUGUCAACCUGGCUUCUCGAAUCUAUUUGAAUAAUCAACACCAUGAGAAGAAGGGGGACAAGACUCCCUCAAAGCAACCGACAACAGGAUCAAAACGGCGCCAUGACGGCUCCGACUGGAUAACAACCUUUGUUUUAACUGCGGAAUCUCAGGUCAUUUUGCCAGUGAUUGCCGGUUGGAAAAAGAUAGGUCCGCCGGGCCACGCAAAGUUUACAGAUGGAACAAAAUGCCACCGAUUCGGCAUCAUUCAAACAAAGUGUGAGGCCACGGACUCUGAAGGAACCUCCAAGGGGAGCAGUCUGCUCCUCCACGCUGUCAACAUCAUAGAUGAGGACGUCAUCCUAGGUCUCCCGUGGUUGAGAGAAAACAAUCCUCUCAUCGACUGGGUCACUCAGGCGUGGCGGUACCGCCUCACCGACGAAGAGGCAGCUAUAGAGGAACCCGAAGAGUUCCAUCGGAAGAAUCUCGAGGAUAAGAUUGAGUCGAUAUACUGUGUAGCAGGUGACUUGGACUUGGAGGCAGGCGGAGAAGCCGCCACCCUCACUGCCAGAUUAGCAGUGAUGUCUACCACUGAAGGUGGACGAACGCAACGUCUCUUCACAGAUUACAAGGACGUUUUUUCAGAAAAGGAAGCAGCGAAGUUUCCUGAUACCAAAGUGCGACAUAAGAUCCAUCUUGAAGAGGGCGCGACAGCGCCGUACGGACCCCUUUACAAUUUGUCAGUAAAGGAAUUGGACGUUCUGCGCAAAUAUCUUGAAGAAGCGCAGUCAAAGAACUGGAUACGCCCAUCGAAGAGUCCAGCGGGGGCACCUAUACUAUUCGUGCCCAAGAAGGACGGUAGGCUACGCCUCUGCGUAGACUACAGGGGCCUCAAUAAGGUGACGGUUAAGGAUCGCUAUCCACUACCAUUAAUUGAUGAGAUGAUCGAUCGAUUAUCCGGAGCAAGGGUGUUCUCGAAGAUUGACAUACGGGACGCCUAUCAUAGAAUAAGAGUUAACGAAGACGACAUUUGGAAGACAGCUUUUCGUACCAAGUACGGCAAUUUUGAAUAUCUCGUUUUGCCUUUUGGUCUUUGCAACGCUCCGGCCACCUUCCAGGCCUACAUAAAUGAGGCGCUGCGGGGCCUUGUCGAUGUCUCCUGCAUAGUAUACUUGGACGACAUCCUAAUCUUCUCGAAAACGGAAAAAGAACAUGAUACCCACGUUCGGGAGGUGUUGGAUCGCUUGAAGCAACACCAGCUCUAUGCGAACACUGAGAAAUGCUCGUUCUACACACAGGAGAUUGAUUUCUUAGGUUAUAUUGUUGGGGUUGAUGGCAUUUCAAUGGACAGGAGCCGGGUCUCCGCCAUCGAGGACUGGCCGGCGCCGCGCACGUACCGCGAGGUGCAGGUAUUCCUAGGGUUCGCGAAUUUCUAUAGACGGUUCAUCUAUGCGUAUUCGCGGAUUGCUGCCCCCCUUACAGAUUUGUUAAAGGGAAGUGUUAAAGGCAGGAAAACGGGACCGUUUAUCCUUACCCAAGACGCUGUGAGGGCGUUUGAAGAAUUGAAGCAAGCUUUUGCAGAUGCCACGAUGUUAAAUCACUUCGACCCCGGCCUACCCAGUCAGUGUGAAACUGAUGCAUCUGGGAAUGGUGUCUGCGGAAUCUUUUCGCAGUUGACACCGGAGACUUUCCAACGUUGGAAGGAUCGGGGGUUAAUAACCUCUGGAGAUACAGGCAAUGGAAUGCCUGUAGGAGAAGGCUUUUUCACAGAACCUACAAGGCGCCGUGAAUGGAGACCAGUGGCCUUCUUCUCCAAGAAGCUAUCGCUCACGCAAAGAAGGUAUGAUACUCAUGAUCAAGAGAUGUUGGCAAUAGUUGAAUCCUUUAAGAUUUGGCGACACUACCUUCAAGGUUGCAAGUAUCCGGUGCAAGUUCUCACCGACCAUGCAAAUUUGCGUUACUUCUUGACAACAAAGAGCUUGACAGGACGUCAAGCCAGGUGGGCGGAGCUGCUUUCGGAGUAUGAUUUCUUUAUCCGAUACCGUCCAGGUCGGCUUAACCCCGCCGAUGCGCCAUCAAGGCGACCCGAUUAUGAUAUCGUUGAUGGGGAUGAGGAUCCUACAAAGGGACCUCUACCAUCACUGCAGAAGAAACUGGCUGCAGGGGGUUGGGGUUCUCUAAAGCUUGGGAACGGCGCCGGUAAGGCAGCUGCGCGACCCUAUACAGGUGGAGGAGAACUCGGGUCCCCGCAGGGGACUGGCACUGAAGGUCAUGAACUUCUCGUGCCACGUUUUGCUGCCAUUGAAUUGGCGGAAGACGAAACGGUCUACAACCUUCCAACCCAACGGCUUCUAGAAUUCAUUGGUGAGUUGCAGCAGGGGGACGCCCUUACUGCGGCUCGAAUCCAGAAGUUGAAGGAGGAAGGAUCCGGGUCGAACUUGGAAGGGGCAAGCCCUGAGCGGGGCGGUGCCGCCGAGGAACCAAGUCGCUGGCAACUAGGGGAAUGUGGACUCCUACUGCUAAAUGGUUCAGUCUUUGUCCCUCGUAGCAGGGCGGUGCGCCAGGAGUUAUUGAGGAUUCAUCACGAUGAUCCCCAUGCUGGGCACUUCGGAUUAGAGAAGACUGAAGAGCUCCUGAGACGUAAGUACGUUUGGGACAAGCUUCGGACAGAUGUCAAGGAGUAUGUUGAAACUUGUGAUGUCUGCCAGAGGAUAAAGGUUCCGCGGCACAAGCAAUAUGGCGAGUUGGCGCCACUGCCUGUUCCAAAGGGCCCAUGGCAGGAUCUAUCGAUGGAUUUCAUAGUUGACCUGCCGAAGUCGACAAGAGUCAAAGGAUAUGACUCAAUUCUAGUUAUUGUCGACCGCUUUACAAAGAUGGCCAAAUAUAUCCCUACCCACAAGAAGGUUAAAGCCCCUGAAUUGGCUGACCUGUUUCUAGAUGCCAUCAUUCGUGAUCACGGUUCUCCGAAAUCGUUAGUGUCAGACCGAGGAUCCCUUUUCACCAGUAAAUACUGGUCGGCCUUUUGCUAUCACCUUACGAUAAGGCGCCUUCUCAGCACCGCGUUCCAUCCUCAGACAGAUGGCCAGACUGAACGUCAGAAUCAGACAUUAGAACACCAUCUUCGGGCGUUCUGUUCAUAUCAUCAGAAUGACUGGCCUAGACACCUUCCGACCGCCGAAUUCGCAUAUAACAAUGCAAAGAAUGCAACCUUAAAAGUGUCCCCCUUUUAUGCUUGUUAUGGGUAUAAUCCUUCAUUACCUAGUGACGUCGCGGACGACGUCCUAAAGGGGGGGAUAGACAGUCGGAAUGUCGAACGGGAUCGUGGGACAGAGUACCCCUCGGUGCCAGAAGUAAAAGCUAGAUUGGAGCUUCUGGAUAGAAUCCACGGGGAGGCGGCGAAAAGCAUCCGCCGCGCCCAGGAGCGACAGGCGGAAUACUAUAAUCGAAAACACCUUCCAAUGAAGUUCUCAAUAGGGGAUCAAGUGUUACUUUCAGCAAAGAACAUCAAGACGACGAGACCGUGCAAGAAGCUCAGUGAGCGAUGGUUGGGACCUUUCCCGAUAAUAAGGGUAGUGGGUAAGCAGGCAUAUGAGUUGAAACUAACCUCAGGAUUCAAAUCUAUCCAUCCUGUCUUCCACAUUUCCUAUUUGGAACCCUAUAAGCAACGACCCGGGGCGGAGCCGCCUCGGCCGGAUGGCGUCGAGAUUGAGGGUAAUACCGAAUAUCUUGUAGAAGGAAUAUUGGACAAACGAAUGCACUACAACAAAGUUCAAUACCUUGUCAAAUGGGAAGGUUAUCCAUCAUCCGAGAACUCAUGGGAACCGCUUGAGCAUUUAGAGAAUGCCGAGGAAGAGAUCGCAAAAUAUGAGGUGGCUAGUAGAGACCGCCCCGCUGCACGUCAGAGGUGUGGUUAG